AUGACGUCACACUAUUACUGGGAGAGAACAAAAGCAUGGAUCAUGGAUAACAAAAUAAUAGUGUUCCUAUCUCUUCUUUCUUUUUGCCUUUUUGUAUCAACGUUAGCUAUGGCCGGACAGAGGAAUAGACUGAACAGUGAAUUAAGCGAUCUUAAGAAUAGUUUAACAUCAACAACACUACCACCUACUGAGCCACCUACUGAGCCACCUAAGAACGACACUGGAGAUGGUGGAAAUAAUGCUGGAAACGGUGAUGGUGGAGACGGUGGAGAUAACGCUGGAAACGGCGAUGGUGGAAAUGGUGGAAAUAAUAACGGUACCGAAAAUGGUGAUGGAGGUAAUAAUAAUGGUGGCAAUGGAGGUGAUGACAACAAUAACGGUAAUGGUGGUGGAAAUAAUAAUGGUACCGAAAAUGGUGCGGGAAAUGGAAAUGAUGGCGGAGGUGGUGACGAAGCUGGUGAAGGUGGACAAAACAAUCAAACAAUAGUUUAA